AUUCAGUUUAUACAUCUUUCGACCUAACCUUCAAGAGCUGUGGUUUUGCUGUUCGCAAAUUAUACUUUAAGGCUGUAAAUUUCAAGAUCUAAUCGUACACAAAACAUAAAAAGCUAGUACUGCAAGAUGUCGGAACGUAAGGUUUUGAAUAAAUAUUAUCCGCCGGAUUUCGAUCCGUCGAAGAUUCCGCGCAUGAAAUUGGCGAGAAAUCGCCAGUACACCGUGCGAUUGAUGGCACCGUUUAAUAUGCGAUGCAAGACAUGCGGUGAAUAUAUCUACAAGGGCAAGAAAUUUAAUGCGCGUAAGGAGGACGUCGAGGGCGACGAUUACCUGGGCAUACGCAUUUACAGGUUCUACAUUAAAUGCACCCGCUGUCUGCAAGAGAUAUCCUUUAAGACAGAUCCGAAGAACACGGAUUACGAGAUCGAGGCAGGUGCCACGAGAAAUUUUAUGGCAUUGAAACUAGCUGAGGAACAGGCACAAAGGGAAGAGGACGAGGAGAAAGAGGAAGAGGCCACCAACCCGAUGAAGCUCUUGGAAAAGAGAACACUCCAAUCGAAGCAAGAACUGGAGCUGUUGGAAUCUUUGGAGGAAUUAAAAGAUUUAAAUCGGAGGCAGCAAACUAUAGAUUAUGAUCAAAUGUUGGAACAGUAUGACACCGAAGCUGCUAAACAGAGGACAGAAAAGGAACAAGAGGAAUUGGAUGAACAGUACAUUAAAUUUGUAUUUGGCAAAAGACAAUUAACUGGAACUGUUGUGGAAGAAGAAAUCGAAGAGUUGGAAGAAGAAGAAGAAGAAGAAGAAGAAGAAGAAAGUGUUCAACCUCCUACUAAAAUACUUAAAACAAAUGAAGCAAAUGACAAAGAAACAGAAAAUUCUGGACAUUCUUCAAAACCUGCUAAAACAUCAUUGUGGUCAGAAAAUACAGGAUUAUCAUCUGGUAAAAAGAAUCCAUCUACUCUAGUUAAGAAAAGUAAUAUUGGUAUAAAGAUAAAUGCCAAGUCAUCACAAAAUAAAACAUCCAAGAUCGAAAAUACUGUUUCUUCCGAUAAAGAAACAGUUCCACAGUUGGACGAAACACCGAAUACUUCAACGAGUACAUCGAAUACAGUAAAUACAGAAACAAAAUCUGAUAAUGUUGGCAAUGUUCUCUUGUUACGGUCUCUCGUAGGUGCCUAUUCGGAUAGCAGCGAUAAUGAUAGCGAUUAAUAGCAGAAAUAAUAUAUUUUUCAUGUAUAUAUUUUCAUUCAAUAGAACAUAAAUAUUGUUAUAUAAAAUAAACGGGGUCUACAAAAACGUAUUUGUAUAAACACGUUAUUUGUUUUAAAAUAUGUGAUAUAUGUAUCGUGUAAAAUUUUAAAUUUACAUAUUUUAAGAAUGUGUACAUUCGAAUUAGAUAUUAGACAUGUACAUGUAAAUAAUUUCUUGUAAAAUCCAAUAGUGGUCGCGGGUUGAUAUUUAGAGGCUGUGCCGACGGUUACAGAGUUUCUUACAGGAUGCCGAAGGUUCUACUCCUAAAACAUAAAAGGAUACAUUAUCAGAAAUGUAGAAAAAUUGGUAUUCGAUCUGUUUGCAAGGCUAGGCACUCUGUAAGAAAUUCUGUCGUCAUAUUACAUCCGUACCGAUACAAUAUAGCAGGGAGUACCUAGCCUACCAAAACAGGCCAUAAUUAACACAUUUGAGAC